AUGUUCGAUUUACUUGGGACUUUGAGUUUAUUUUGGGGAAUAGUAAACAGUGCAAGCUACCAACGCUACGGAGAUCAGUACUCAAGCACUCCGUAUCCAGGAUAUUCAUCGUAUUCAACGAUAUCAAAUCCAUUUCAAAUACCUUACAAGUCGAACACAUAUGGCAGUGAUGUUGCCAAUUUUCCUGAAGCUACAAGAUACCCAAACUACAGUCCCGGAUACUCUACGCCAGGAUAUGGCAGUUACAAUACGAUGAAGUCCAACCUUUUCUACCCACCAGGGUAUAGCACUGACCAGUACGCUGGCUACGGUCAGAGCUUUAGUUCGUACGAGGUCCCGUUCAUGAACAACAUGAGAGACUAUUGUGUAAAUAGAUCACCACAGACUGGUAUUUGGGUGGAUAGACUGAUGGGAAUGUGGUACGGAGUAGAAAUCAUACAGCACUUGGCUGGAGAUGCGAGAGUAGAUCGCUACAGAACAUGUGUGGUAAUUCACAUUUCAGAGCCGUUGGAUCGCCCAUCAACAGAGAACCAGUUGUUCCACGUGCAGCAAAUUAACGCUAAAUUUAGACAGCAAUACAGGAGUCUCAGACUAUUGUGGGACGAGGCAGGUCAGACCGUGGAAUAUUCAUUGUACUUCCGAAAUGACUCCGCUGGAUAUUGGCAAGUCCUCAACGAACAAAACGGUACGUUGGCAAUCCGUCCGAAUUAUCAACAGUUUAGCGGAACAGUGCAAGUUCUAAAAGCAGUUAACGAUCACUUGGUGUUAAACUUCUGUCAAGAGCCAGCAAACGGACGAACGGCUCAACUAUUUUCAGCUUUAUUCUCCCGUGAGCCUGGACGAAUGCCGAGAUGGGAAAUAGAAUCGGUACACAGCUUGCUUCAGAAUAAGAAGCUCUCGGUUGCAUCGAGGAGAAUGGUGUGCGGCGGUGCAGAGAAACCUUUUUUUAGUAUAGCGCUUACCUCUGUUAUGGUAUUUUUUUCACGCCUGGUAAGAUCGGGGUGAAAACUAACGAAGUUAUUAUAUUUAAAAUAGUUAUUUAAAAGUACCUAAUAUAUUCUGUAGGUGUUUAGACAGGUUACAAGUAUCACGUGGUAUUUAUUAACUAAUAUCGUUAUUUUUAUAAUACCGUUCGUAUACUUACAUAAUCGUUAAUAUUAAAUUAUGUCUUAAUUUUGAAAUAUGGUCCGUCCUUAAAACUGAAAGGUUUUUCGCUAUAGAAAAUUAAUUUCCCGCAUAUAGCAUUUAUUCCGAAAUGUAAAAGUCACAUUUCAUAAUUAUUAUUGCGGAAUUAAAGGUGUUAGUUAGUUUUUGAACCAGUGGUUUAGUUUUAUUUUGUGGUUUAUAACAAACAUUUAGAAAAGCUUGAGUGAGUCAAUUUGUGUUUAAUUUUUUUAAAUCACAUUUUAUGAUUUUAUCAUAUCACGAAAAUGCAUUUAAUAAAUUGAAAUUACUAUAUAAUAAGUAAACAUAUUAGCGGAUCUGUUUUAGGGAUUAAGCGUUAAAUACAAAGAUAUUGACUGAAUAAUAUGAACAUUACACCUCAGUAUUGUUAUUAUAGCAAUAACAAAACUUAAAAAACUGUUAUUACUAUUUCAAUCUUUGCAAAGAUAGAUGCAUAUUAUACCAAAUAUAUGUAAGUUUAGAAGUUAAAAGCACACUUCUAAGAAUAUAAUCAAGAUUAAGUAUUAUAUAAGUAAUUAUGAAUAAAAUUUUAUUUUGAUA